AUGCUCUGCUGGGAGAUAUGCAAGUGUCAUUUGAUGAAAGAAUGUCAGGUCAAGGCAAGCAUACGCCAGACAUUGGCGUUGUGUUUGGCAUUUCUUCUAUUGCUUUGGCAAUUGUGCCCAGCUCUGGAGUCGCUUGGAAAGCUGGACACUUGGCAUCCCAGAGGCCCAGGCCAUCCAAAUGCUCACUCUCGGAGCUGCUGGAGGAUGGGUACUAGUUUCUACAUCGAGGUAUGCGACUCGGAGAGUCAGAUUGUCAAGUUAUUCUCUUCGACUGGCAAACUUCUUCUAUCCUCACCAUCUGAUGGUCUGUGGUCAGCUGGAAGUAACUUGUCAACAGGUUGGCCUUUGGUUUGGCACCACGGUAAUCCACAGAAGGUGGAGAUAAAAGGUGACAAGUUGCUAGCGGAGGGCGCCAUCCCAACGCCUGCUGGGAUUUGGCUUGUAAAUGAGGAGUGGCAUGUAGACAAUACCAGCGUGAUUGGCCGACGAAGAUGGACGUGGAAUGGGAAGUUGCCUUCCCCUUUAACGGUUCUGUCAGUGCGUUGGCAUACCGCGGCCCUCAGCCGCAACUUGGUGCUGCCAGGAGUGCUUUACGAUGGAAACCAGGCCGGCCAAGCUAGCCGCCGACAGGGCUGGAAUGGUCUAGUGGCUGAAUGGAAUGGGCAACCAGGUGAUCGAAUCCAAGUCGAAGAGCAUCGAUUGCCACAAACGUGGGCAAGCUUUCAAUGGCAACACCUUGGCUCUGCUUCAGCCUUUGUCGCCUUGCACUCUGUGCCCUCAAUGCCGACGAAUCGCCACCAGGACCUCUACUGGUCAAUGGGUGCCGAGGCAUUUGCGAAGGGAACGCUGCUUCAGCUAUUAUCUGGACCUGUAUCGCUGAAUGGGCAAGACGGGUUUGCAAAGACUGGCCAACGAAAUAGUACUGCUUUGCUCGAUGUCGGUCUGGUUGUACCUCCAGGUGGCUUAGAAGAAAAAUCAUAUUGGAUACAACUUGGAGAGAUGCAAAGCGGGCAUGCCUUUCGAGCAGCUCUUGAAGCGGCGCUUCUUCGCGCCAAUCUGUCUAGCGAGGGCCUUCCAGAUCCAGAUCAGAUCUUGAAGGCCAAGGCAAGAUUUGCCUUAGCCCGCUGGCAGUCAGAGAACGCCUUUCAUGGCUUCGAGAUGUUUGGUCGCAACAGCAAUCGAAGGGGAAUAUACGCCAUGGGAUGGGCUGGACAAGCUGAAGCUCCAGGCUUUGCAUUCCUGAUCUUGGAUGUCUUGGAUGUUCAGCCGGGGCUGAAGGCGAUUGCCAAGGAGGCCCUUGACGUUUUGUCCAAAGCGCCUUUGGAAAAGACGGGCUUCAUGUUGGCCCUCGAUGGAAGCGGCCAGUGGCUACCUGGAGUUGGGCGGGCAUUGAUGGAUCCGGUGUCUCAAGGCCAAGCCAUGGGCACCUUCGCAAGAGCUAUUGCUGCUGGCCGCGCAAUUGGAAUGGACACGAAGCUGUGGGAGUCGUUCUUGCAGAGUGCUUGUAAGCUUCAUGCAAACCGAAUUCUCAAGAAGAGCUGGCAGCCAGGGCGAGGUGCUGCUGAAGCAUUCUUUGUGCUGCCUUUGAGCCUUGCCUCACAACUCUUUGGAACUGCCGAGUUCCUCCAGGCAGCACAAAAAGCUGGCGAUUGGUUCGCACAACUUAGCAAAACAGCUCCACUCUGGGGUGGCACCCUUGAUGCGCAGUGCGAAGACAAAGAAGGUGCCUGGGCUGGCUUUCAAGCUUUCCUGGCGCUUUACGAGGUGACUCAAAAAACAUCUUGGCUGGAGCUGGCAGAGACCGCCGCUGAUUUGGCUUUGACUUACACAUACCUUUGGGACGUAGUUGCUUUGCGGCUUUAG